UUUUUAUCAUAGGAAUUCCGACUCUUGCCAUUCCCCGUCCAUUCUCUUGUUUGCAUCAGCUCAUACUUUUGGGUCCUGAAGAAGGCUUGGUGAGCCGAAGCAAUCAACAAUGGCGGAGCGGAGAAUCUCCUAUGCUCCCGACGUGGAGAAUGGUGAAUCGCGUCCUGCUCCUGAUGUGAACGACACUACUGGUAUGGACGAGUAUGGAGCCCUCAACCGUUACAUCUCGACCGCCCGCGAUGGUCGUCGUGGCUCGACCUCCAGUGCCGCUGCCCUGAGCGCCAAGGAGGAGAAGAAGCCGUGGUGGAAGUUCUGGGGUGGUAAGGAGGGCGGCAACGAGGAUGGCUUCGUCAUCCCUGACGAGUGGGUUGACACCGACAUGCGUACCGGUCUCAGCUCCUCCGACAUUGAGGGUCGUCGCAAGCGUACGGGCUGGAACGAGUUGACUACCGAGAAGACCAACUUCUUCAUCCAGUUCAUCGGUUAUUUCCGUGGUCCUAUUCUUUAUGUUAUGGAACUUGCUGUUCUCCUGGCUGCUGGUCUGCGUGACUGGAUUGAUUUCGGUGUCAUUAUUGGUAUUCUUAUGCUUAACGCGGUUGUCGGUUGGUACCAGGAGAAGCAGGCCGCCGAUGUCGUUGCCUCGCUCAAGGGUGAUAUUGCCAUGAAGGCGGUUGUUAUCCGUGACGGCCAGGAGCAGGAGAUCCUUGCUCGUGAGCUCGUUGCCGGUGAUAUCGUCGUCGUCGAGGAAGGUACCGUCGUUCCUGCUGAUGUCCGUCUGAUCUGCGACUACUCCAAGCCCGAGAACUUCGAGACCUACAAGGAGUACCUGAUUACCGCCAACGAUGAUACCCUCAAGGAGAAGGAUGACGAAGAUGAUGAGGAUGGAGGCAUUGAGGCUCGCGCCGGUGUCUCCCUCGUUGCCGUCGAUCAGUCUGCCAUCACUGGUGAAUCUCUCGCUGUCGACAAGUACAUGGCCGACACUUGCUACUACACCACUGGUUGCAAGCGCGGAAAGGCCUAUGGUGUCGUCACUGCUCCCGCCCGUCAGUCCUUCGUCGGUAAGACCGCUGCCCUGGUGCAGGGUGCCCAGGACCAGGGUCACUUCAAGGCCGUCAUGGACAACAUUGGUACCUCUCUGCUGGUUCUCGUCAUGUUCUGGAUUCUCGCUGCCUGGAUCGGUGGUUUCUACCGUCACCUGAAGAUCGCCACCCCCGAGAACGAGGACAACAACCUGCUGCACUACACUCUGAUUCUGCUCAUCAUCGGUGUCCCCGUCGGUCUGCCCGUUGUCACCACCACCACCCUGGCUGUUGGUGCCGCCUACCUCGCCGAGCAGAAGGCCAUUGUCCAGAAGCUCACCGCCAUCGAGUCCCUCGCCGGUGUCGAUAUCCUCUGCUCUGACAAGACCGGUACCCUCACCGCCAACCAGCUGUCCAUCCGUGAGCCCUACGUCACUGAGGGUGUUGAUAUCAACUGGAUGAUGGCUGUCGCUGCCAUUGCCUCCAACCACAACCUCAAGAACCUCGACCCCAUCGACAAGGUCACCAUCCUCACUCUCCGUCGUUACCCCAAGGCCCGCGAGAUCCUCGCCCGCAACUGGAUUACCGAGAAGUACACUCCUUUCGAUCCCGUCUCCAAGCGUAUUACCACCAUCUGUACUUGCGACGGUGUCCGCUACACCUGCGCCAAGGGUGCCCCCAAGGCCAUCCUCGCCAUGUCCGAGUGCUCCGAGGAGGAGGCUCAGCUCUUCCGUGAUAAGGCUACCGAGUUCGCUCGCCGUGGUUUCCGUUCCCUGGGUGUUGCCGUCAUGAAGGAGGGCGAGCCCUGGCAAUUGCUGGGCAUGUACCCCAUGUUCGACCCCCCCCGUGAGGAUACCGCCCACACCAUCGCCGAGGCCCAGCACCUGGGUCUGUCCGUCAAGAUGUUGACUGGUGACGCCAUCGCCAUCGCCAAGGAGACCUGCAAGAUGCUGGCCCUCAGCACCAAGGUCUACGACUCCGAGCGUCUGAUCCACGGUGGUCUUGCCGGCUCCGCCCAGCACGACCUGGUCGAGAAGGCCGACGGUUUCGCCGAAGUGUUCCCCGAGCACAAGUACCAGGUCGUCGAGAUGCUGCAGCAGCGUGGUCACUUGACUGCGAUGACUGGUGACGGUGUCAACGAUGCUCCCUCGCUCAAGAAGGCCGACUGCGGUAUCGCCGUCGAGGGCUCCACCGAGGCCGCCCAGGCCGCCGCCGAUAUUGUCUUCCUUGCCCCCGGUCUGUCCACCAUCGUCGAUGCCAUCAAGCUGGCCCGUCAGAUCUUCCAGCGCAUGAAGGCCUACAUCCAGUACCGUAUCGCCCUGUGUCUGCAUCUCGAGAUCUACCUGGUCACCUCGAUGAUCAUCAUCGACGAGACCAUGCGUGCCGACCUCAUCGUGUUCAUUGCCCUCUUCGCUGAUCUUGCCACCAUCGCCGUCGCCUACGACAACGCGCACUUCGAAGCCCGCCCCGUCGAGUGGCAGCUGCCUAAGAUCUGGGUCAUCUCCGUCGUCCUCGGUAUACUCCUGGCCGUCGCCACCUGGAUCAUCCGUGCUACUCUCUUCCUCUCCAACGGCGGUAUCAUCCAGAACUUCGGCUCUCCCCAGGAGAUCCUCUUCCUUGAGGUUGCCCUGACCGAGAACUGGCUGAUCUUCGUCACCCGUGGUGGCCGCACCUGGCCCUCGUGGCAGCUGGUCGGUGCGAUCUUCGUCGUCGACGUGAUCGCCACCCUGUUCUGUGUCUUCGGCUGGCUCUCCGGCGAGUACGUCCAGACCAGCCCCCCGUCCAGCGCCGAGUUCUCCAUCAACGGCGACGUCGACAUCGUCACCGUCGUUGUCAUCUGGGCCUACUCCAUCGGUGUCACGAUCAUCAUCGCGGUCGUCUACUACGUGCUCAGCAUCAUCCCCGCUCUGGACACCCUCGGCCGCAAGAACCGCAGCCAGGCCGACACCAAGAUCGAGAACCUGCUUGGCCAUCUGUCCAAGCUGGCGAUCGAGCACGAGGUCGAUGCCAACACUGGCAAGUCCCGCUACACCCUGGGCGCCAAGGCUGACCCUGAGGAGGACGAGUAAACGCUUGUUACGCUCAUUUCCUAAUAAUUUCCUCUACCGAACUAAACUGGAUAUCACUUUGCGCAUACAUGCAUGAGCUGGUCGCUUACACUCCGACCAGCUUGCUACCCUUUUUAACAGUAUUAUAGACUUUUUUUCAUUUCUUUUCCUUUCUUUUGCUCUAGCUUGAUAGAGUCAAACUUUUUUCUUUUACAUGUGUGUAUGUCAUUAAUAGUGGUAAAUUUAGUCAAUCAAUGGUUCAAAGAAAAAAA